AUGGAAGGUCCAUUAUCAAAGUGGACCAAUGUGGUUCACGGAUGGCAGUACAGAUGGUUUAUUUUAAAGGAUGAUGCACUUCAUUAUUACACAUCUAGGGAGAAAAUGAUGAAAGGACAACAACGUGGUUGCAUACGUCUUCGUGGUGCUGUUAUUGGUAUCGAUGGUGAAAAUAAUUCCUUGUUUACAGUUACUGUUGACGGCAAGACAUUUCACUUACAGGGUCGAGAUGAAGCGGAACGCAAUUGCUGGAUUCGUGCUUUGGAGGCUACCAUCCAUGAGCAGAGUGGUUAUUAUCGUAUAUCUUCACCGAAUUCACCAACAAUGUUGAAGGCAAAAGCUAUUGAAGCGGACAAACACUUGCAGGAUAUGAUCAAUGAGGUUAGAGAACUAGAAGGAUUGUCUACAUCAGCAAAUACUGAAAAAAAUACUGAAAUGAAGAAAACAAUCGAUGAUUUAGUUAAAUCAGCGAAUCGCUUGUUAGAUACGGUAAAGCAUGCUGUAAUAUUGCUGCAAAUGGCUAGGAGUCAUUUAGAGGGUGCUUCACUAUUAGAUUUAAAUGCAGAUGAUGAGGGAUCCGAAAAUUCUCAGGCGAAAGUUAUAGUUUCUCCAUUGUCAUACUCAAGUAGUGAAGAUGAAUUUUUCGAUGCCGAAACUCCAAGUGAUGACAAAUUGUCGCCUAGUGAGGAUAAUUCAAAUGGCAUCGACAAUUCUGGACACAGUAGCAAUCCUGGCAAGAAGAAUUCCCAGUCAAAAAAAAAGUCAAUCCAAGAUCCGGAUUUCGGUGAUGCGAAUGAAGAUUUUGACGCGGCUUAUGAAGAUGCAGAGGAACUCGAUGUUGGUAAUGUGCAGCAGCAGCACGGAUCUGUGCUUAUGCAUCUUCUUUCACAAGUAAGUGUUGGAAUGGAUUUAACCAAAGUGACGUUACCAACAUUUAUUCUCGAACGUCGCUCUCUUCUGGAAAUGUAUGCAGAUUUCUUUGCACAUCCUGACACUUUCGUCGGUUGCACCGACAUCUCAUCACCGGAAGAACGCUUCAUUUCUGUGGUUCGGUACUAUAUGGGUGCUUUUUAUGCCGCUCGCAAAAGUGGAGUGGCUAAAAAACCGUAUAAUCCUAUUCUUGGAGAAACGUUUCGCUGUCGAUGGAAAAUACCUGGUAUGAAAAGAACUAAACAGCUCACUAAGCGUGGUCCUUUUCCUGGUUCUGAUGAAAAUGAUUUAACAUUUGUCGCAGAGCAGGUCAGCCAUCAUCCGCCUGUGUCGGCUUUUUAUGCCGAACAUCCUGGUAAACGGGUUUCAUUUGCAGCACAUAUCUGGACGAAGUCCUCGUUCUUGGGUCUUUCUAUUGGAGUUAGUAACAUUGGUUGGGGAACAAUGAAGCUACACGAUUACGGUGAAGAGUAUGUUUUAACAUUCCCAAAUGGCUAUGGGCGUUCAAUUAUGAGCACUCCAUGGAUUGAACUCGGUGGGAAAGUCACAGUUAAUUGCGUUAAAACGGGAUAUUCAGCUGAGAUUGAUUUUCUAACAAAACCUUUUUUUGGUGGAAAAGCACAUCGUAUAAAUGGAAAUAUUUAUCGUUUGGGUUUUAAAAAACCUAUUCUUAUAAUAAAAGGGGAAUGGAAUGGUGUGAUAACUGCGAAACCUCUGAAUGGUUGCGAAUAUUUAUUUAUUGAUGUUAAGCAUUAUCCUGAGGAAUGCGAACCUGUAGCAAAACAAGGUGAUAGGGAAUCACGUCGUUUAUGGCGACAUGUUACAGUCGCUUUGCAAAAAAAUAAUAUACAACUUGCGACUAAUGCAAAGAGAUGGAUUGAACAGAGGCAGCGAGAGGAAGCUAAAAAACGACAGGAUCAACGAAUCGUUUAUCAUCCGGUUUUGUUUGUUAAAGAAGGUGAAGGCUGGAGGUCGGCAAGUAUGUGCUCUCACCAAACUGAAUUCAUUGUUGCAAAACGUGUGGUUGGUUUCAUGAGUAUUGUGAUGGAUGGAUGUAUUUUCGUGUGGGUAGGCAGCAGAAAUCGCUUAGAUAACUUAAAUUUUGCGCAAAAUUUCCGCGGAAUGAAUCUGAUCGAAUCACCAAAACAAAAUUAUUUAACAGAUAGCUUUGCUGUAAAACUUAAUAAGCUAUUUCCCAACAAACAGGUUUUCUUCUCAAGUGAUCUUUGCAUUGCGGAUGCAUCAUUUUGGGCUGAAUUAUUGCAGAUGCUGCGGGUACUUCGCGGUCGUGACAUUAUGCAAGUAUUUCGCAGUCAACAACGUUUUUGUAAAGUUAAAGGUGUUGUAAAUGAGAAAGAGAUUGAGAUUAAGAAGGGGACACCACAAAGCAAACUGGAUGAUGAGAUUGAAAUAGAAAAAGAAAAUAAAUCUUACGAAGAUCCAUAUCUUCCAAAACAUCCCGGAGGCGUCAAUCCGAUAACCGGGGAAAUUGGUGGGCCAGCUGGACCGGAACCGACGCGCUUCGGCGAUUGGGAACGGAAAGGACGUUGCAUUGAUUUCUAG